CCCCCACGACGAUAACCGGACGCAAUGGUUUCCACGAGAUUGACCUAUGUAUGUUAUCUCUUCCUCCUGGGCUUUUUUUUAUUCCUGCGCGAAGUGCUGACUGGGAUUUAGAGGCGGAGAAAUCCGUAAGUUCUUUUUUUACUCCCAUCAUAUACUAGGACGGGCGUGGUAGGAUAUGGGUUCGGGGACUGAUUGCGGGAGGGGUAUUUAGAUACAACACCCGCAGCAACAGGGUCCGCGUUAUUAAGACUCCCGGGGGAAAGCUUCGCUACCUUCACAUUAAGAAGAGAGGGAGCCCGCCCAAGUGCGGUGACUGUGGGAUUAAACUUCCUGGCGUGAGUUUGCCUUGAUUUAUCUGUGUCCGUGUUUUCUGGGAGAUUGGCAGUGGUUGUAGCGGGCUGGCGUUUACUCGCUCGAUUGGGAAUUUCUGUUGUGUGGCGGGGUACUGGUCCAAGGCGGCAUUGGGUGUGCGGGAUGGAAUGAUGCGCAUGCUUUUCUUCAGCCGGCCGGCCGAGUACCGCUAGCACUCUAGCCACACGGUUGCAGGAUACACGGGUUGGGGUUUUGAGGAAAGGAGAGUAACUGACAAACGUCCCACAGAUCCCUGCUCUUCGUCCCCGUGAAUACUCCCAGGUCUCCAAGCCUACCAAGACCGUCCAGCGUGCAUAUGGUGGAUCCCGUUGUGCGAACUGUGUCAAGGACCGUAUCGUCCGUGCGUUCUUGAUUGAGGAGCAGAAGAUCGUGAAGAAGGUCAUUGUUCUCCAUCUCUGUCCCCCCGACUCACAAGCAUGCUGACCGGAAUUGGUGUGUAGGUUCUCAAGGAAGCUGCUGCGAAGAAGGCGCUAAAAUAAGAUAAAUUAGGUGUUUUCUUCAUCUUUCCCUGUGUUUUUUUUUUCUUUUCGGUUGCGGGUAUCUUUAAAUAAAUAAAUACGGAUCCUUCUUCGUUAUGGAGAGAUACUGAGUGAAUGUGCCUUGUGAUGCGAUUUUGUGCGGUGUGAUACGCGGGGGAGAGUGGGGUCUGUGAUGGUCUCGCGCAAUCUGUUUGUUCCUACGGACGCUCACAGGCUGGGCCAUCCAAGAGGACGGAUUUACCGGGACAAGAGGCGGUGCUGUUGGGCGUCCUUUGGUGUAUCCCCAGGAAUCGGCGAAAAAUGAAUCUUCAGAUCUGUUAUGAUACCUUGCCUUGAUCUAUAGGGAUAAGAUGACUGCAAUAGCAGAAAACUAUUGGGUUUGGGAGACUGAAGCAAAAGCUAGAGCAGAUAUGUGUAGCACAUGUGUCGCAACGCUGGCAUAAUGAUCAAUCAGUGUGUUAUGGCCUGGAGUAGCCAAUCCUGACAACUGUUUUCGGUGGUUCUAGGAAUUCCGUCUGAACCCCUGAUUUCCUCGGGAUCGCACGAACGGGCCUUUGCAGUAUCUGAGUUAUAGUAAUCCGAGGGUGGUGUCUUUAUGUUCGGUGCUGAGCAAUUUUCUGUCAACUUUCCAGCUCACGAAGGUGAUGUUGGAAUCGUAAGGUCGAGAGUUCCACGGCGUCUCUUAUGUAAGUUUAUAUAGAUGGUCGAUUAUUACCCUCUGAUUUUUCCUCCAGCUUCCCCGGGAGCAACCAACUUAUGCCCUGUAGUCCAAUGCAAAUGAACUUGACGUAUCGUACUGGUCGGUACAGAGGAUGCGUGUUGGGCCUACGAGGUGAGCGUUGGCAGGUG